GUGUCUUUGCUCAUGCAGCAAUCAGGAAGGAACUAAAGGACUUCUGCAAUUUCAGAGGCCCAAGAUGUUCAUGUGGGUAUUGCAGGUUGUGGGAAUCCAUCCAGAAUGCAAGAUAUUCCAGCAGGUGGUGAAAGAAGAAGCAGAGUGCUUAGAAAGGAACGAAUCUGUUUCACCUGAUCUUAAAGGAUGUGCCAGAGAUUGGGAUGGUCUAAGCUGUUGGCCUAGAGCUGCUGUGGGGGAAAUAGUUAAAAUUCCUUGUCCAAGAUUUUUUGAAGAAAUCACCAAUAUCCAUGGCUUCCUUCAGAGAAACUGCACAAAGGAGGCAUAUUGGUCAGAACCAUUCCCAUCAUAUGCUGUUGCCUGUGGAUUUGAUGAAGGUUCCAGCAAAGGUCCUGAGGAUCAGAAAUCAUAUUAUUCUGCAUUUUGGCGUGUCUACACUGCUGGCUAUGCAGCAUCAGUGACUUCACUCAUUACAGCUCUAAUUGUCUUUGCUGCCUUCAGAAAGUUCCAUUGUACACGGAAUUACAUCCAUAUGCACCUGUUUGUCUCCUUUAUCCUGAGAGCAAUUGCUGUUUUCACCAAAGAUGCCGUUUUGUUUGCAGAUGAAACUAUGGACCACUGCCUGAUGUCAACGGUAGCUUGUAAGGCUGCAAUGGCAUUCUUCCAGUUCAGUAUUUUAGCCAAUUUCUUCUGGCUUCUUAUUGAAGGAAUAUACCUUCAGACACUGCUUUUGCUGACCUUUGUUUCGGACAAGCAAUACGUAUGGUGGUUCAUCUUUGCUGGCUGGGGAGCUCCCACUGCUGUGAUGCUUACUUGGCUCCUCACAAGACUCCAUCAACAAAACACAGGAUGUUGGGAUGAUGAUGAAAAUGGAGUGGUGUUAUGGAUCAUCAAGGGCCCCAUUCUGUUAACUGUACUGGUUAACUUCAUUAUAUUUAUUAAUGUCAUCAGAAUUCUAGUCCAUAAAUUGAAAUCUCAAGAGGGAGGGGGGAGCAAUUCAAGCCACUUUGUGAGACUUGCUAAAUCUACAUUGCUCUUGAUCCCACUCUUUGGAGUGCACUACAUCGUGUUUGCAUUUUUCCCAGAGAGCACUGGUUUGGAAGCUCGACUUUACAUUGAGCUAGGCUUGGGUUCCUUUCAGGGCUUUUUUGUUGCACUUCUAUACUGCUUCUCAAAUGCGGAGGUUCAAAGUGAACUCAAGAAGCAGCUGUGCAAAUGGCGGUAUCAAGAAUACCUGAGCUUCACACACAAACAUGGGACUGUGUCCAAAGAAAACAGUCCAGUCAACUAUGUCACUCAGUUAUCACUGCUUGAAAAAAUCAGUCCAAAAAGGAAAACACCUGCCAACCAGAAUGGUGUAACUUCUGUCUGAACUUAUCUAGCAGGCGGAGUUGCUGUGAAUGCACUAAGGCAUGGCCAGUUUGGAUUCUUCGUGGCUUUCAAAGAUUCAAUCAGUCACAGAAUAACUUGGAUUGGACCUUAAAUAUCGUCUAGUUCCAAUCCCCUUGCCAUGAGGUCAUUGCAAGCCACCAGAUUAGGCUGUCCAAGGCCCCAUCCAACCUGGCCUUGAGCACCUCCAUGGAUGUGGCACUCUCUGGGCAGCACUGCCAGGGCCUCACUGCUCUCUAAGAAUUUCUUCCUAACAUCUGACUUAACUCUCUUCUCCUUUAGUUUAAAGCCAUUUGCCCUUGUCCUAUCACUAUCAAGUCGAGAACAAAAGUCAGUCCCCCUCCUUCUUAUACGUUCCGUUCAAGUACUGAAGGCCACACUGAGGUCUCCCCAGAGCAUUCUUUUCUCCAGGCUGAACAAGCCCAACUCCCUCAGCCUUUCUUCACAUCAGAGGUGCUCCAGCCCGCUGAUCAAUUGGUCUCCUCUGGACCAGUUCCAUCCACUCCAACCCACUCCAACAACUUCCCAUAGCAUCCACAGAUUUCUGAAAAUUUCAUAUCGUGAAUGUGAGUUGCUUUUCUCACCUGGUACAUAUUAGCAUCACAACUCCUGUUCCCACUCUCCCUGAACACACAAAAUCCCGUUAUUUUUUUCACUGUUGUGAAAUGAGAGACUUAUAGGUCUUGGACAUCAAUAGGUUAACACCCAAAACAAAGAAGCUACAUUCAUUUCUUCCGUGUCCAGCACUUCCGUCACACUUCCACACUUCCAUCCAGUGUUUCCUGAAAUCUCCAGUUUUUAGGAGUUCUGUAAUUUAUCUUUAUUUGAGAGAGCUGUAGAUUACAUUAUUGCCAGCCAUUGCCAUUGUUUGUUUUUUGUUUUUUUCUGUUGUGCCUGUACAAUGGAGAGAUUAAGUCAGGCCAGAGGACCCCAAAUCUUUUUUUUCCAUGACAAAAGCUGAAGUAGCUGAACAUCAGGAAGAUUACGUGUGUACAAAGGAAGAACAUGCAGCAAACCUUAUCACAGCUGGUCUACCUUGAGUUCAGAAUAAUUUACAGGCCUUGUGUAUCUGUGACAAGACACGGGUCCUUGAGUAGCUGCAAUAAACCUUAUGUUGCAAUAUCCUUGAAGGUUAGCUGGAUCCAUCAAUUAAAUCCACAGAUAAACUGUGUUUUUCUGAGUUUUUGGAUCCUCCUUUGGAGGAUGAACUUAAUUCUGUGAUUGCUCUGUUGAUUUCACUUCUGCCUACCAUUUCUCAGCUCAUUACCACUUCAAUGAAGAAUGUGUUUGAGGUCAGAAGUGAUGCAGAGUAUGGUCUAAUAAGUCAUGUCAAAUGAACGCCGUGCUAAUAUCACUACAUCACUUCCAGGGUGGCCUUUCUCUUUCUGUGGGACUGAGUUGGGUUCUACAUCAAACUCUCCAAAAUGGUGUACAAAAGAUAUACAGAACAUAUCUGUAGUUCAUUACAAGGUUGGACCAUUCCCAAAAGUGCCUGCAUCCAGUCUUGAAAACAGUGCUUCUGGCCAUUCAAGUACAGGCUACACUUUCCAUGAACUGGAAUAUCAGUUUAGCUUCAAAAAAGUAGAGCUCUUGCCCCCUUUUGUUUUUUUCGCUGAACUCCUGGUUGAUUAUUUUGGCUAGGAGAUAUUUGACUGUGGAAAACUCUUGAUUUUUUGCUUCAUUUUUGGCCUGAUGGCUACAGGAGAGACAAAUGUUUCUAUACACAUAAUUCAGACUACUCCUUUAUUGCUUAGGCAUGUAACUCCUCUGUCCCAAUGAAUCACAUGCUUUGCACAAGGUGUAACCUUGUCUGUUCUGAUCACGCUAUUAGUUUUGUUUGUAGGAGUGAACCUUGCUCCCAUGAUAAGCACACUGUGUAGCAUAGUGAUUUGAACACAGUUGUGUGGUUUACAUCUAUAAAAUGUAAGUGAUAAUUAAAACUGUUGUGUUUGUGUCUUGUAUCAGUUUCUGUGUUUCCUUUGGGACUUUAAAAAAAAAAAGAAAAAAGAAAAAAGAAAAAACAACAACAAUCAUAGAAUCAUAGAAUCAAUCAUAGAAUCAUAGAAUCAUAGAAUGGCUUGGGUUGGAAGGGACUCCAAGGAUCAUCAAAUUCCAAGCCUCCCACCGCAGGGUAUUACAAUUGUGUUUGCUAUGGUUAUACAGGUCUGAAGCCAAAGAGUAUAAAUAAUUAUGACCUCUUUACCCAAGAGAAUAUUUACAUUAUAGAACCUUGAUCAUGAAGCUUCAGUUAAUGUCGUACUCCCCUUCCAAGACACAAUCAUCAAGAUGCAACUCUGUGUAGCCUACUUCUAUAAAUUUAUGUUCAGGUAUCUGACUAAUUAUGAAUGUUCUCUCUAGGGAAUAUCUGCAUUGAGCAGCAUUGAGUUGUACGACAUAUGAAGGAACAGGCACACCAUUUCCUUUCCUCUGCCUUUGGGAUUAGCAAAGUUGGAGUGAAUUAUGCUUCUCCUUUUGACUAAUCUGAGAACAUUUCCUCAAAAAACAAAAGCUCACAUGAAACUCACGCUUAAAAACUGCCAUGAGGUUUGAUGUUUUGGAAAUUUCUGCUUCCAGCAGUUUCCCCCAUUAUUUUGUCUUUCACCCAUCUUUGUGGUUUAUUUGGUGAACAUACCAGCCCUCUUGUGUUACACAGCAAUUCCCACUUCCCAGUUGAGCUCCCAGAAUGACCUGUAUUUGUCUUUCAGACCAGCUGUAUGCACUACAUAUCCCUUCCCUUUAUUACAAGAUUCUCUGCUGGACCACGGAUCCAGGAAAAGGAACUCAUCUCACAGAGAACCAACACAACUCAGAUGUUCUCCAGCAACUUAAGCUACGGGAUCUGCCUGGACCUUGGACAGAAAGUUCCUGCAUCACUCUUUAUGCUUUUAGCAUUUCCGUAUCUUGUAUUUUCUAACACUAUAAGUAAGAAGGGGACAUACCAUGUAGCAGAAUCUGUUGUGAUGGGGCAAGAAGAAAUGGUUUCAAACUCAGAGGGCAGAUUUGGAUUGCACUUAAAGAAGAUGUCUUUUACAAUAAUGGCAGUGAGGCACUGCACAGGUUGCAGUGAGAGGUGGUGGUGCCCCAUCCCUGCAGACACCCACAGUCAGGGGAUGAGCUGUGAGCCCUGAUGGAG